AUGGCACUCCAAGAUGGCGUCGACACUCCGGAGGGCGUUUUCUCCCUGCUCGAUACCGACCUCUACAAGCUGACUAUGCAGGCCGCCGUCCUCAAGUACUAUCCGAAGAUACCAGUCACCUACCAAUUCACCAACCGCACACCCCACAUGCGUCUCACCCAUGCGGCAUACACCUGGCUACAAGCCCAGAUCCAGAAGCUCGAGAACAUCACCGUCACAGACGAAGAAAUUGCCUGGCUGAAGAAGAAGUGCGAUUAUCUGCCGGAGUCAUACUUUGAGUACCUUAGAGGAUUUCGUCUCUACCCGCAGGAACAAGUGAAGCUGAGCUUCAAGUCGGUCAGCUCGGGCGACCUCACAGAUUCUACCCCUGGAGACAUUGAUCUCUCCAUCCAAGGUCUGUGGUCCGAGACCAUCCUCUACGAAAUCCCACUGCUCGCUCUCACGUCCGAGGCAUAUUUCAAGUUCGUCGAUCGCGAUUGGAACCACAAUGGACAGAUUGAAAAGGCAAAAGAUAAGGGACUGAAGCUUCUCGAGGCGGGCUGCGUGUUCAGCGAGUUUGGUAGUAGGCGGAGAAGAGACUACAAGACGCAUAAGAUGGUCCUGCAGGGCUUGAUGGAAGCUCGAAAAGACGCAGAGAAAUACCCAGAGUGGACAGGCAAGCUCACAGGCACUUCUAAUGUGCACAUGGCGAAGCAGUAUGACCUUGAUCCGAUCGGCACGGUUGCUCAUGAGUGGUUCAUGGGCAUUGCAGCCAUCACCCAAGACUAUGCCAACGCGAACGACAAGGCCAUGCAGCAGUGGAUCGGCACAUUUGGUCCUGGUGUUUUGGGGAUUGCACUCACGGACACUUUCGGUACGCCAUCCUUCCUCAAAGCUUUCAAGCGCCCACCACCAAAGAGUAGCGACACGGACGAUGUAGACUGGAAUCAGCCAAGCUACGCGCAGCUCUUCAACGGCGUGCGUCAAGACUCCGGCGAUCCCCUGGAUUACGUACGCAUGAUGCGGACCUUCUACGACAGCCAGGGAAUAAAGGACAAGAAGAUCGUGGUCUUCUCUGACAGUCUGAACAUCGAGCGUUGCAUCAAGUACAAGGAAGCCACAGAAGAGGCCGGACUUACGCCAAGCUUUGGAAUCGGCACAUUCUUCACCAACGAUUUCUGGCACCAGAAUGAGAACAAGAAGAGUGUUCCGCUCAACAUUGUGAUCAAGUUGAGCCAGGCGAACGGAUAUAACGCUAUCAAGCUGAGUGAUGACAAGGGAAAGAACAUGGGCAAUGAGGAGCUGAUGCGGUCCGUCAAGGAGCAGGUCGGGUACCAGGAGAAGGAGUGGGAGGGCGGAGAUGAGGCUCACCGAUGGGAUAAGAACGACGAAUGA